AUAACUUAACAAGCAUUUCAAAUGAGUUGUUUACUGCUAAUAUAAAUAUUCAAUAUUUGAAUUUGUCUAAUAGCCAGAUAAAACACAUUGUUCCCAAUGCAUUUAUAUAUCUUUCGAAAUUAGAAGUUCUCGAUUUGUCAAUGAAUAUGUUAUUAAAUGUACACCAAAACAAUUUACUAAAUUUAAAGGAUACCAGUUAUAUCUUUCACAAUUUAUCAGCACUACAUACAUUAAUUUUAUUUGUUAAUAAUAUAUCAAAUUUUGAUAAUGCAUUAGGUUAUCUUCCAUCAUUGCACAAACUCGAUUUAUCACAUCAAAAUUUAAGCAGUAUAUCGAACAAAAUGUUUCCGGAAAUCAGUGCAAUAAAAUACCUAAAUAUAUCAAACAAUCAAAUCAAUCAAAUAUAUCCGAAUACAUUUGUAAAUAUGCAAAAUUUAGAACAUUUAGAUUUGUCACACAACCAAAUAAAAAACAUGCACAUUGCAUCUUUGCAUGGGUUACUUGUUUUACAAUCCUUAAAUCUAAGUUAUAAUCAUUAUACGGUUGAUAAAUAUUUAAUAUUUAAUACACCUAAAUUAUCAUUCUUGGAUAUCAGUUACAAUAAUUUAAGUGACAUUGAUGAAACAUUAUUUAAAGGAUCGCAUUUGAGCUCAAUUAAUAUCGAUGGAAUGCCACUAAGUUGCAUAAGAUUAGUCGAAAUAGUCAAAUAUUUUAAAACAUUAAAUAUUAAUUGUGUUGCUGGAAAAGAAAAAAAUCGUUUACAUCUAUUUGGAAUGCAUUGUAAUCAUUCCGAUGUAAUAGAAUCCACUACAAUGCAAAACGUUAUCGAAUCUACCAACAUACCAAAUUCUGAUAUUCAAUUGUCUAAUAAUAAGAUUCUAGCAGAAAUGUUAAACGUAUUAAAUCGUAACAAUGAUAUAAACUUAAAUGCAAAUCUUACUCAAGGAGUUAAUAUUCAGUUGUCUAAUAAUAAUAAUAUACUAUCAGAAGUGUUAAACGUAUUAAAACAUAUCAAUGAUAAAAACGUAAAUGCUAAUCCUACUCAAGAAGUUAAUAUUCAAUUGUUUAAUAUUAGUAAUAUAUUAUCAAAAAUGUUAGAUUCUACUCAAGUUCACGAUAUGCAGGAAAAAUCAGAUAUAACUACACAUAUUCUGUUAAUAUUACUUAUUAUGUGUCUUAUAUUUAUGUUUAUUUUCUACAUCUGGCGUACAUAUUUUGUUAAUUCCAAUCAAUAUGUGCCAACUGAAAAUCUGAUCACUGACUUUGAAUUAUCUAAUAGAUAAUUUGCUUAUAACUAAACAAAACUAUCAAAUCAAUAUUGUAAUGUAAAAUAUCAUUAAGUUUAUAAUUGUAAUAAUUAGUUAUAAGUUAUUGUAUAAGUAUAUCUAUUACUAUGUAUACAAACCCCAAAACAAACUGCCAAUGGGCAUUUGGUCAUCUUUAAUAUGUCAGAAUACUGUCAUUACCACCGAGGACAUCAAUAUCAAUCAUCAUUAGCGAAUCUUCAAAAGAUUUCACUGAUAUAUAAUGGGAUUGACGGCAAUUUUAGGAGAUUUUCUACAACAACUUUCGAUGUUUGUCAGCUUCCAGACAAUUCAUCUAUAUUCACAUUCAGAAUUAUAUCAAAUCGCUUCGCAACGCGUCGCAUUCCUGGAAUUCCCGGUACCUCCGAUGUCGUCGCUGGUCCCAUGCCACAACGUUGCUUUGGAGUUGUUAUCAUAAGCAUCGCUGCCUGAAGACAAGGUGAAUUAAAGUCGACUUUGACUUCCUAUUGGGCUAUACUCGUACAUGACAAAGAAAGUUUCUACAAUGUUCAUACCUGAAAAUCUUUCAGAUGUUCAUUAAAAUAGAAAUCAAAAGUUGCAGAUUUCUAAAAGUACUAAAAUAGAAUUUGUUAAAAAAUCGCAUCUGCUAUGAAAUAACAAUAAUGAAAGUAAUGAAAUAACAGCAAUUCGGAGUUUCUGAUACUAUAAGAAACAUAUAAAUACUGUUUUCUAUCGUUUUACAAACCUUGCUCUAUUAGUAAUAACUUUUGGUAGGCAUUCCAAGCUACCUAUUCAAGGAGGUUUAUAAAGUCAAACUUUAGAAUGUAAAGCGUGUCAUCUUCUACCAUAGAAAAACAAGAAACGAUAAUUUAUUAAUUUCUGGCUAAUGAUAAAUAUCUGUUUCAUAUCAAAGAAAUUUGUUUGUUUAAAUUCAUAAAUAAUAUUAUAUAAAUGCAUAUAAGUAUUAUAAGGUAAUAUAUUAUAUAUUAGAAUCAACAAUGUGACGUCAUAAACUAUAAAUAAACGUCGUUUUCAUAGUC